AUGGAGGAAACAAAUAAGAGUGUGCUUGGUGAUUACUUCACCAGUGCUAUGGCGCUUACUGAGUCAGGUGUCCAUCACGUGCCUACCCGUUACAUUCUUCCACCUUCACAACGACCAAUGCUCUGUCCAAGCUUUGCCACCGACACCAUCAAUCUUCCUGUCAUUGAUCUUUCCUUCUUACACGAUCCUUUGCUUAGGCCCCGUGUUAUCCAUGAGAUUGAAAUGGCUUGCAAGGGAUUUGGAUUUUUUCAGAUUAUAAACCAUGGAAUAUCAACAACCGUGGUGAAAGAUGCGUUAGAUGCAGCAACAAGGUUCUUUGACUUACCUGUCGACGAGAAGAUGCUUCUGGUUUCCGAUGAUUUUCACAAGCCAGUAAGAUACGGCACCAGCAUCAACCAUACAACUGACAAAGUCCAUUACUGGAGAGACUUCAUCAAACAUUACUCUCAUCCUCUCUCAAAAUGGAUCAAUCUCUGGCCAUCAAACCCUCCAUGCUACAAGGAAAAAAUGGGGAGAUACGCAGAAGCAACACAUGUGCUACAUAAGCAACUAAUCGAAGCUAUCUCAGAGAGUCUAGGACUGGAUAAAAACUACUUACAAGAAGAGAUAGAAGAAGGCUCGCAAGUCAUGGCGGUUAACUGUUAUCCAGCAUGUCCUGAACCAGAACUUGCCUUGGGAAUGCCACCACACUCUGACUUUAGCUCGUUGACCAUCUUGCUCCAGAGUAGCCAGGGGCUUCAGAUAAUGGACUGCAACAACAACAACUGGGUUUGUGUGCCGUAUAUCGAAGAUGCUCUGAUAGUCCAGCUUGGAGAUCAGAUGGAAGUGAUGAGCAAUGGUAUAUACAAGAGUGUUGUUCAUAGAGUAACGGUGAACAGAGAUAUCAAGCGUCUCUCUUUUGCGAGCCUUCACAGUUUACCAAUGGACAUGAAAAUAAGUCCAGCACCUAAGCUCGUAGAUGGAGAUAAACCAGCUGCUUAUGGAGAAUUCAGUUUCAAAGAUUUUCUUGAUUAUAUUUCUAGCAACGAUCUUACACAACGAAGAUUCAUUGAUACACUCAAGAAGAACAAUUUAUGA